AUGUCUGGCAAUUUGACGAGCACCAAUGGAAUAGGCAGUACACCUGUACAGGUAAAAUUUCCCCUCAAUUCUCAUCAAUUGCAAUCUUUGACACUCNNUCUACAGCGCCAUUACAUUUCAUCCGACCAAGCCUCCGCCAUCGUAGCCGCAGCAGCAAAAUCCGCAUCCACCAUCGUACCCCAAAACAUCGCCAUUGUAGAUCCUUCUGGCUUGCUAGUCGCUUUCCUGCGCAUGGACAAUGCAUACCCCGGCAGCAUCGACAUUAGCAUCAAGAAAGCGAGGACUUCAGUGUUGUUCAACGGCAUCCCUUCUGCUGCACUCUACAACCAGAGUCAGCCUGGUGCAGCUUUGUACGGGAUUGAAGAAACCAAUGGAGGAUUGGUGAUCUUCGGGGGUGGAUUACCGUUGGUCAAGGAUAAUUAUCUGAUUGGAGCUAUCGGAGUGAGUGGAGGCACUGUUGCGCAGGACGAAGAGGUCGCACAGGCUGGUGUGAAUUGGUUGAUAAACUCGUGA